AGACCUACCUAUUCUUGCUUUUGCCCACUUAGGAAUGCAGUUGAAUGCAAAGGAAAAUUAAGGCAUGGAAAGCCUAGUAGAGUAGAAGUGGGAUAAAACUAAAAGAAAAAUGAGUCGAGGUUUCUUUCAAAGUCAGCAACACACAUGGGGAGGAGUAUCAGCUGGAAUUCUGAUAGUAUUUUUUGGUUGCUCAAUUUUUUUCUGCUUCAAGAGAAAGCUUUAUACAUGCUUUACGUUACCGGUGAACCAAAAAGGAACUCUAAAAGCUGAACAACUUAUGUUGAAGCAUUUCCAGCUGGAACAAUUACAGAAGGCAACUAAUAAUUUCAGUCAAGAUUGUCUGGUUGGUUCUGGUGCAUUUGGAAAUGUCUACCUAGGAUCAUUCGACGGGGAGGGAAAACUAGCUAUAAAGAAGGCACAUACUGAAUCAUACACAAGUACUGAAGAGUUUGAAAAUGAGAUCAGGUUGGUCUCAAAAGUGAAACACAAAAAUCUCGUUAGUUUGGUGGGGUUCUGCCAAGGCGCUGGGCAAAAGGGAGCAAAAAUUCUGGUGUAUGAGUAUGUUCCAAAUGGUUCUCUGCUAGACCACAUCAUGGGGAGGGGAGGAAGGAGCUUAACAUGGAGGCAAAGAGUGACGAUAGCCAUUGGAGCAGCUAAAGGGAUAGCUCAUCUGCAUGAAGGAAUCAAACCAAGUAUAAUUCAUCGGGACAUAAAACCAAGCAACAUCUUAGUAGGAGAGAACUUUGAGGCCAAGGUCUCAGAUUUUGGGCUUGUGAAAUCAGGUCCUAUUGGGGAUCAAUCACAUGUUAGCAGUCAGAUAAAGGGAACACCAGGGUACCUUGACCCUGCCUACUGUUCGUCUCUCCAGUUGACUCCUUUUACUGAUGUCUACAGCUAUGGUGUUAUACUACUGCAGCUUGUUGCUGCUAGACCCGUAGUCGAGAAAACUAGAGGUCAUCCUAAUUUUCACAUUAUUGAUUGGGCAAGACCUAGCUUAGAACGAGGAAGCAUCGAUGAAAUAAUAGAUGCCAAUCUCUUAAUGGAGGAAUGCAACAUGGAAAUGAUGUUAAAAAUGGGACAGCUUGGUCUGAAAUGUGCGGUUAAAGUCCCCAAAGAAAGGCCUACAAUGACUCAAGUGUGGCAAGAACUGGAGUCUGCCCUCUUUUCUGCAGAGAAUAUCAUAUAUAAGCAACCUUCAAAUGGUUCUUUGAAAUUAGCUAGCUUGUCUAGCCUAUCAGUGGAACGGGGAAACCAUCGAUCGAAACAACUUGAUUAUUCUCAAAGCUUAGUUAGCAUAGAUGGCAUUAGGUUGCAGAAAUUUUAUAUGGACAUGGACCGCAUAUCCUUUGGGAGUGCAAAAUUGAGGUGCUUAGAUGCCUAUAGUAUAAGCUUUGAAGACGACUCAGACAACCUGACAGGAACUUCAGAGGGAACUACCACGAGUGGGAACUAAGAGUUUAGGCUUAACAUUUAACAUCAGUUAAGGUUUGAUUAAUGUAAGAGUUUAAACUUUCAUCAACAGAUUAAAGAAUUUGCACCCAUCAUUUCCCAUACUGCAAUCUU